AUGGGUUCCGUUGAAGGCUUGUCCGCAGACAGGAGAGCCAUUUUUUUCUUUGACAUAGACAACUGCCUGUAUUCCAAAAGCAAGAAUGUUCACGACCAUAUGGCCCGCUUGAUAAACGCCUACUUUAUCAAACAUCUCAACCUGGGCGUGGAGGAAGCUGCAAGACUGCAUCAACAAUACUAUAAAGAUUACGGGCUGGCCAUUGAAGGUCUCGUACGUCAUCACAAGAUCGACCCGCUGGAUUUCAAUCGGGAAGUGGACGAUGCCUUGCCGCUGGACGAACUGCUUUCUCCAGAUCCGGAGACUCGCCAAAUUAUGGAGUCGUUUGAUCGGUCCAAGGUCAAGCUGUGGCUCUUCACCAAUGCGCACAUCACUCACGGCCGCCGCGUGAUCAAGCUGUUGAAAAUUGAUGAUCUUUUCGAGGGCAUCACCUACUGCGACUACACGCAGAGGAAGUUGAUCGCCAAACCGUACCCGGAGAUGUUUGACAGGGUCGAACGAGAAGCAGGGGUGAGGGAAGAUACUCCGAUAUAUUAUGUGGAUGACUCUUUCUUGAAUUGUCAAGCGGCAUAUGCCCGGGGAUGGACGAACACAGCACACCUCGUCGAGCCGGGAACCCCAGAACCAUCAGAGAAGGCGUGCAAAUAUCAGAUCAGCCACCUUCGAGAACUUCUGCAACUUUUCCCGGAACUACUCAGGCAGAAGGAAAGCCAUAUGAAGGAUGGAGUGAGGUCGUGA